CAGCCACGCCCGGGCCGCCGUUGCUCACGUUGUCACGCAAUAUUGCUCUCAAUUUCCGACGCUCAGCCAAGGGUGCACAAGUAGUGCAGCCAUUGCGAGAACUAUGCAAUCGAAUGGCGAAUCCGUUAUACAGGCACGCCGGUUCGGUGAACGUGAAAUGAACAGUGUUCAUAUCUGCCGGAAAGCCGGGAAUGGGAAUCCAGAAAGGCCCCAUUGGAGGGUUAAAUCCGAUCUCUGUACAAUAUGGGUCAAGGUUGGAUCUGGUCCGGCCGAAAAAAUGACUGGACUCCCACUUCGACCGAAAAUUUGAUCUUGCAAUUUUUGACCUCUGCUCCCCACCCCGAGGUGUUUCAGAGUGUUGGGUUAGCAUGAGUACCCUAGAAGCGUCGAAAUGAGUGGCCCCCCAAGUGUGGUAGAUGGCGGUUCGGGAUGGAUAGGCACCUCAGAGAGCAACGAAGAAGCUGCAGUCGCUUUGCCAGCUGUGGAUUCCGGUUUUCAUGCAUGGUUGUUUAUUUUCUGUUCUUUUGUGCUUGAAACUCUUGAAUGGUACCUCACCCAUCCGCCCUUCAAUAAAGCUUCACAGGCAUCGAUCAAUGCCAUCGGGACCGUCGUACUUGCGAUCCAGUAUUCUGAAGGCCUUCUUUGUGUCUUUCUCGCGCAGAAGUAUCCAGGGAAAGUAAAGCUCGCGAUGAAAAUUUCCGCAUGCGUCUGCAUGGCAUCCAUGUUGCUGUCCAGCUUUGCCACCGAAGUCUGGCAACUCAUCAUGCUGCAAGGGGUGGUUUACGGGAUAGCUGGCGGCGCGUUGUAUAUGCCCGUCCUCAUCUGGUUUCCAGAAUGGUUUGUAGCUCGGCGAUCACUUGCAGGUUCUCUUAUAUUCGGGGGUUCAGGACGUACUGGUUUCCGCUGGACGGUUAGAAUUUACGGCUUUAUUAUCGGAUCUCUUAGCACUCUCGCGCUGCUUGGAAUCAACCUCGAAUUUCUUGCAUAUCUUUCUGUUUCUCUCUACAUUCCAUCAUAUGCAUCCUCCUUGGGAUACUCCCGCAUGGCUGGAACCCUAAGUCUCUCUGCCUUCAAUAUGGCAAGCGUCGUGGGUCAAAUACUGAUCGGCUACCACUGUGACAAACGGCCAUACCCUGGUAUCAUGGUCAUUACCGGCUUACUCUCCGCUGGAGGGUUUACCUCAAUCUGGACACCCGCAUGCAGCGAGGUCUCAAGUUCCCAGCCUUCAGUGCCAUUCAUGUUCUUCUCCGCUGUGAAAGGAGUUUCCGCGGUGUGCGGACCGAUGAUCGCUGCAGCACUACAUCCCAUCUAUUUGGAACCCAUCGCAUCACAUUCGACAAAAGCAUGGGGAGGCCAUGGUAUCACAAUUUUUGUAGGGAGCAUGAUGGUAGCGACAACUAUUGGGGGUGUGUUGUCUGCUGCCAUAAGGGGAUAGUCGUGUUGUAUCACCGUUUGCAUAUAUUCUUCCAAUUGUGUAGGCAUGGUUGUUUGUUGUCCGUUGAACCAGUAUUUGGGCUUCCUUGAGUCCAUAUAGAUGAAGCGUUUAGCCGUUGUCCCGUUGUCCCGUGGAAAUAAGGUCUGACACGCACGGCUCGCAGAUCGACGAGCAGUUGCUUCCUCACCUGUUGCUUUUCGUCACUAGCUGUGAACCUUGCA